ACCUCCUCCAGCACCAACAACAACAACCACCAAAGAGACAAUCCACACUUCGAAAUGCGACGAUAGCGACAUUGACAUAAUCCGGAAGUUUGGUCAAUUUAGAGGAUUCGGACAAGAUGGUUGUCCAACAACAUAUCCUGAACUGGCUCUACAGCGUGUUGACCAGUGAAUAUCACGAUGUCAACCGCACAUACAACGAUGUAGCCCAAGUGCUCUCCCACUACCCAUCGCUCUCUCCGCGAACCGAUGUACACACCUUCCCCAACGGCGCAUCCGCCCUCCUCGUCCACCUGUCGGGAACACUCCCCGUCGUCUUUCGCGGCACCACAUACCGUUUCCCAAUCUCACUAUGGGUUCCCCACGCCUAUCCUCGAGAUGCCCCCUUGGUCUACGUGACCCCGACCGAGAACAUCAUGGUCCGGCCCGGCCAACACGUUGAUCCCCAGGGUCAGGUCUAUCAUCCCUACCUUGCCGGCUGGUCGACGUAUUGGAACAAGUCCACCAUUCUCGACUUCCUGGCUAUCCUGCGGGAUGUUUUUGCCAAAGAGCCUCCAGUCAUUGCCCGUCAACCUCCUCAGGGGCAGGUCCGGUCCCCUCCACCCCAGCAGCAGCAACAGCCACAGCCACCACAAGCGCCAGCAGCACCUACACCACCACCAGUACCACCACUUCCCCAAGAACUGGCCGCGAGGUCACCGGUUCCAGUACGAUCUCCGGUUCAACAAGAUGCGGCAAGGCCUCCGCCUCCACCACCGAAGCCCGGCGCCCCUGCUGCUGGUCCCAUACCGCAUCAGCCCUCUCCGGCACCAUCUUACGCCGCCGCUCCUCCGCUGCCUCCCCAUCCCCCACAUCCCGGCAGACCUACGAGCCAAUACGGCGGUCCUGGAGCACCCGUGACACAAUCCCCCAGACCAGGUGCCUCUCGCUACGAUGCUCCUCCGCCUCUACCUCCUCACCCGACAGCACAACAACAGCAGCAGCCUGGCGCGCCAUACCAAUCACCUCCUCUGGGGCCCGCCCCCCUUCCACAUAACCAGGCACCACCACAACCUCCAUUCUCUCCCAUGGAUCCACGAAGGAUGUCCACCCUCCAACAACACCCCCCGCAACACUACAACUCCCCUCCACCACCACCCACCUGGCAGCAACAACAGCACCCACCUCAAGCCUUACCACCACCACAACAACAACAACAACACCACCUCCCACCACAACCACAACCCAAGCCCCCUUCUCCCCCAGACCUCCUAGACGACGACGGCCCCGCCUCCCCUCCCUCCUCAACCCCCGGCGCCGGCGCCAACACAACAACCACCGCACAAACUCCCGGCGCACCGCCCCCUCCCCCUCCUCCCAACCCCGAAAAAGACGCCCUGCUCCACCAGCUAGCGACCACCCUCCACACCCACCGGCACCACGCCCGCGCUCAAAACGACUCCUCCCUCGCCGGCCUGCAGGCCCAGCGGGCAGCCAUGAACCAAGCAGCCAACACUUUACAAGCCGAGUACGCCCAGCUUUCGCAGCUAUCUGCACUUUUGAAUUCCAACACUGCGAUUCUACAAGAGAGUUUGAGGAAAGCGGAUAGUGUGAUUGAGAAUUCCAAAACACUAAAAGAGCCGGAUAUUGAUGAACUGCUGGUUGCGCCGACGGUGGUGGGCAACCAGCUUUAUGAGCUGGUGGCGGAGGAGAGGGCGUUGGCGGAUGCGAUAUUUAUGCUGGGACGGGCGGUGGAGAGGGGGAGGAUUGCGCCGGGGACGCAUGCGAAGAUGGUGAGAGGCUUGGCGAGGGAGUGGUAUUUGAAGAAGGCUUUGGUGAAGAAGAUUGGGGAUGGGAUGGGGUUGAGUCAGUAACAGUGAAGAUGAUGGAAGACAAGGUAGAGUAACGAUGUAGAUGAAUGGACGAUCAUGACCAACAAAC